AGUAUCGCUAUAAAUAACACGAAGAAGACGAGGAUGAUUUCAGACUGAAACAGACGUGCAUGAUUAUUAAACAGGUGUAGUUCCUGGUCGACGAGAGACAUGCUGUGUGACCAGAAUCAUACCGCUGGCCCCGGCACUAGUGACGCUAACUAAAGGUUUUCACUCAUCUGGCAGGAAAAAACAGCUCUUCAGGAUGUCUCACCGAGGGCACUUCACUGCCGUCUUAUCUACAGUGCUGGGUGCCACCCUCGGCGGGCUCCUCAUAUGGAAGGCAUAUCGCAGCAAAAGGAAAAAGCUGCCGUCCAACCACACUGCAGCCGAUCCUUUACCAGCGCCGUGUCUCGUAACGUCAGCCAACAACUGCUGCGCCAAACUGCCAGACCUUCCUGAGAAGAGCCUUCUUCCAGAAGAGAGUGAAACGUCGCCCCCUUCAGUCCACAUCCCCACUUGUGAGCAGCUGUUGGGGGUCAAGCCAGUGGUGGUGCGGUCGGAGGAGGAAUGGCAGCAGCUCUGGCCUCUGAUGGAACAGGAGCUGUCUGUUUUCCCAGUGCUGGGGCUCGACUGUGAAUGGGUGUCGGAGAGAGGUCAAGCGUCCGCCGUUUCGUUGAUGCAACUGGCGUCGUAUUCCGGCCUCUGCGUCCUUGUGCGCCUCCUGGAGUUCCACAACAAACAGCAGCAGGUGCCGCUCACUUUAAUGGAAGUGCUCAGAGACCCCCGUGUUUUGAAAGUGGGAGUCGGUUGCUAUGAAGACGGCAGCCGCCUGACGCGCGACUAUGGCCUGUCUAUAAGCUGCACCGUCGACCUUCGCUACCUCGCCCUGCGACAACAGCUGGCCACGCUGGACAACGGCCUCAGUCUGAAGUCGCUGGCAUCGGAGCUGCUGAGCGUCUCUCUGGAUAAAUCUUCGGAGCUUCGCUGCAGCAACUGGGAGGCCGAGCAGCUGUCAUUGGACCAGAUGACCUACGCCGCUCAAGAUGCUCAGGUCUCCGUGGCGCUCUUCUUCCAUCUCCUGGGCCUCGGCUCCAAAGUGGGCGGGUGCUCCUACUCUGAGUUGGCAGGCAGCUGCCAGGGGCUGGUGGACGUGCCCUUCCGGGCUCAAGGAGCGCGACGGCGACGAAGGUCUCGCAAGGCGGCUUCUCUAGGGAGCCCAGAGUCUGGAGAUCAACAAGUCCCAGACCCAAGGAAGCACAGCAACCGGAGGAAACCCCUGGGAGAGGGCUUCUCUGCCAGCAGGAAGUCUCCUCUGUACGACAACUGCUUCCUUCUCGCUCCAGACGGUCAACCACUCUGCACCUGUGACAAAAAGAAAGCCAAAUGGUACCUGGACAAAGGGAUCGGAGCCCUGGAGAGCGAGGAUCCGUUUGUCGUGCGCCUGCUCUUCGAGCCGUCGGGACGUCCCGAAUCAGAGCAGUGCUACUACCUGACCGCCAAAGACAACCUCUGCGUGGUGUGCGGGAAAGCCGACUCUCACAUCAGGAAGAACAUCGUGCCGCACGAGUACAGGCGGCACUUUCCCACUGAGAUGAAGGACCACAACUCCCACGACAUCCUGCUGCUCUGCACCAGCUGCCACGCCGCUUCCAACGUGCACGACAGCUUCCUGAAGCAGCGGCUGGCUCAGCAGUUCUCGGCCCCGCAGGGCUGCGAGGAGGGACUGCGCCUCCUGGAAGACUCCGACAGAAGGCGGGUGCGUUCGGCCGCCCGAGCCCUCCUCAACUCGGGAGUGGAGCUCCCGCAGCAGCGGCGGGAGGAGCUGCAGGAGGUGAUCAAGAGCUACAUGAACAUGAAGGAGGAGCAUGCGCUGUCUGUCACCCAGCUGCAGGAGGUCGCCAAUCUAGAGACCAGGAUCCUGAACGAGUCCUACGUCCCUCACGGCCUGAAGGUGGUGCAGGCUCACGCCAAGCACGGCCUGCGGGGGCUCAUGGACCUGGAGCGCUGCUGGAGGCAGCACUUCCUCACCAACAUGAAGCCCAAGUUCCUUCCGCACCUCUGGUCCGUCGACCACAACCACAGCAAGUUCCUGCGCAAGUACGGUGGGGACCUGCCCAUCACACUGAACUGAUCACGUGACCUUCGUGGCGUCGCUGCCAAGGGGUCACCGCGGGCUCAGAGAGGAACAGAAGUAGACACCAACUCUAAAGCGCAUAUGAACUCUUUUAUAUUUAUGAUGAAAGAGCAGUAAUUAUUUAUGAGGAGAUGAGAUGAUGCUCCGUUGCCACCUGCUCUUAGUGUCUCCCCAGUGACCCCCCUCACCUCCCCCUCUCUGCAGGUUGGCAGCCUCGUGGGUUUCCCUCAUUCUCUUGGUAGAAAAGGAGCUUUUUAUUUCCAGUGGACGGCACUUCCUGCUGCUGAGCUUCCACCUUCCCAUCCUGCUGCUGCGGAUGGUUCCGGGGAGAGGGGAACCUUCCUGGUCCAUGUUUUAGUGGACCUCUUAAAUCCCCGAAUUCUGAAGCCGUUUGCAGCAGUUUAUCUUCCUCCCAUAACGACGUCGUUGCUUUCCACAAUUCAUCCUGAUAAAGUCAAAGUGCCAAAAAAAAAAUCCUUUUUCUGCGAGGGAGAAUGGAAUAUUUAAUUCUGAGAUUGUUUAUGAAAAUCUAACUUGGAAGUAUUUUGAAAUGAUGUGGAAAAAA